ACUGCAGCCUGCAAGGGGAACCCCAGAGGGGGGUUAUUCAUGAGGAAGAGGCCCAGAACUCCCCUGCCCAGGGGCUUGGGAUAGGGCAGGUACCAACUUGCUGCCUGCUCAAUAUGGUGGCAGGGGCUGUGUAACAGGGAACCCUAGCCCUGUUACCAGAAGGCAGGUCAGCCCCUUUAAGACUUGAACUUUCUGGGCACAGCAGGCUGGUAAGGCGGGGGUUAAAAGCUGAGCCUGGACAAUUAGUCAGCUGACCCAAAAGGACUAUAAAAACCCUGGGCUGGGUGGUAGGGGAGGGCUAGCAGCUAAAGGGGAAGGAGUGUGUCUAGAGCUCCCUGAAGAGGCUUGGUGAGUGGUCUAAAGGCUGGAGGAGAGGAACUACAGAGGACCCCUGAGAGACAGCAGCAACCCCAGAAGAAGGACUGUAGCUGACAGUGGGGAGCCGAAUCAUGAAUCAAUUGUUGGGGCAGAGCCUCCAGAAGGGAUAAAAAGCCAGCAUGCUUGGUACCUGGGCGGCUUCAACAAGGGACAAUGAAGAAGAGAAGAGUGCAGAAGAGCUGGAGCUGACCAGCGGGGUGGACCAGUUGUCCCAGAAGCACCCAGAAGAUACCUCCACCAACCAGGAGGCAGCAAGCAGCUGCAUCUCAACCCUGCCACAAAGGGAGCCGCAGCAUUGGUGCACAGAUCAGUGCAUGGAGAGUCCAGGAGUGGAUGGGACUUUGGCAGCUGCACAAGAUUUCACUGAGAUGAUGAGGGCUUUGGGGUACCCCCGGCUUAUCUCCAUGGAGAAUUUCCGCACUCCAAACUUCAUGCUAAUUUCAGAAAUGCUUCUUUGGCUGGUGAAAAGGUAUGAACCACAGACCGAUAUUCCUUCUGAUGUCGAGACAGAGCAGGACCGGGUCUUCUUCAUUAAGGCAGUUGCUCAGAUUAUGGCUACCAAAGCUCACAUAAAGCUCAACACAAAGAAGCUCUACCAAGCAGAUGGCUAUGCAGUGAAGGAGCUGGUGAAGAUUACCUCUGUGCUGUACAAUGCCAUGAAGACCAAAGGAAUGGAAACCACUGAAGUGGAGGAGGAAGAUGGCAGCAAAUUCAAGUUUGACCUUGGUUCUAAAAUUGCAGAUUUGAAGGCAGCCAGACAGCUUGCUUCAGAAAUCACUUCCAAAGGAGCAUCUCUUUAUGAUUUACUUGGCAAAGAGGUGGAGUUGAGGGAAGUGAGAACAGAAUCCAUUGCUAGGCCUCUGGAGAUAAAUGAAGCUGAAAAAGUGAUGCAAAUUGCCAUUAAAGACAUUCUGGAACAAGUCCAGAAAACUAAAGACAUGUUAAACAAUGUGGCUUUGGAUGAAGCCAAUUUGGAAGUCAAGAUAGAAAAAAGAAAAUUGGAACUGGAAAGAAACCAGAAGCGACUUCAGACGCUACAGAGUGUCCGCCCAGCUUUCAUGGAUGAAUAUGAGAAGAUUGAGGAGGAACUGCAGAAACAGUACAGCAGUUACCUAGAAAAAUUCCGUAACCUGACUUAUCUGGAGCAACAGCUGGAUGAUCAUCAUAGGAUAGAGCAAGAGAGGUUUGAGGAAGCAGAGAACACACUACGCCUGAUGCAGAACAGACUGAAGGAGGAGGAAAAACGCUUGCUUAAGACUGGAAGUAACGAUGACUCCGACAUAGAAAUUCAAGAAGAUGAGGGAUCUGAUAGUGAAGUGGAAGACAGGCAGCUCAUGAAGCAUCACACAGCCAUGGAGAUCCCAAUGCAAGUGAAACUCAACAAACGGGUCAUGGGGACAAUGCAAGGUGGAGACAUAGAGAAUGAUGGAUCAACUCAAGCCCAACCAGGUAAACACAAGCGCUCCAGGACCAAGGCGCAGGAGGACUCAGAGGACAGCGAAAUUGACCUGGAUGAUGAUGAGGAGGAGGAUGACAUAGAGGAUGACAGCGUAGAAAUCUCCCCCAGCAAGGCUAAUCGCCGGGCAAGGAAACCAGAGCCACUUGAAGAGAGUGACAAUGACUUCUGACUCCUUUUCCACUGCAAAACCAGUUAACAUCUUGAGAUGCAAACACCAGGCAGCACUGGGGCUGGAAACAGAGCAUACCGUAUCGGGCCUGACCAUAUUUUAUAUCAGAAUGAAUUUGGGAGCUAGUAAAUAGUAAAGUUAUAUUCAUAAAGUAAAUUACACUAAUUGCCAGUCAUUUUCCCUGCUUCUGAUUCAUAUCAUUUGAACUGUUUUGACAAGUAAACUGUUUUUAAAGAAAA